AUGGCUCUCGACGCAGCCCCCGCACCGGCACUCCCCGUGCCCAUCGCCGGCUUCGUCAAGUAUCUUAACCAACACUCGGACACCCCGAUCGGCGAACUUUUGGAGCCUUACCGCAAGCAUGAGGCCCAUGUUCGCCAGCUUUUCGCACAGGACCCGGGCAACGAGCUCCUCAAGGACCACCACGUCAAUGUCCUGCCUCUGUUCACGGAGGACACGCCCAGCAUCAAGAUUAGGGCACGUAAUUUGGCCGCCGAAUCGGCCCAGGAGAAGUCCAAGUACAUCAUGCCCCUAUCGGCCGCGGUCCGCCGCCCCAAUGGAUCCCCGGCCGUUGUCCCGAACUUGAAGGAGUUCCAGCGCAACUUCAGUGUCUUUUCAGAGUCGUCGCUGGCCGAGCUCGAUUGGAGCAAUGUGGUUGCGGCCGGGUCAUCUGUCGUCAACACACUGCUCCCCGUCCCGGCCGAGUACAAUUCGUCCAAGCGUGGUCUUCGGGAAUUCUACCACCAGAAGUUCUCUCCUGCCUCCGAUGUGGACCUGUUCUUGUAUGGGCUCACGGAGAAAGAGGCUAUCGAGAAGAUCAAGAACAUCGAGACCAAAGUUCGCGACUCGCUCUUGACCGAAACGACCGUCGUGAGGACGAAGCAUGCCAUCACCAUCUGCAGCCAGUAUCCCACCCGGCAUAUCCAGAUCGUGCUCCGAAUUUACAAAUCGGUUUCGGAAAUCUUGACUGGUUUCGACAUUGACUGCUCAGGGGCUGCGUACGAUGGCAAGCAGGUCUACUGCACCCCUCGUGCACUGCAGUCGUACAUAACGCAGAUCAAUCACAUCGAUCUCUCUCGCCGCAGCCCCUCAUAUGAGAACCGUCUAUCAAAGUAUAGCCAUAGAGGCUUUGAAGUGUACUGGCCCGAAUUUGACCGCUCGCGGAUCGAUCCGACUAUUUUCGAACGGAGCUUCCAGCGAACACUGGGGCUCGCCCGGCUUUUGAUCCUCGAGAGGCUCCCCACCCCAAGCGCGAGAGACACCUACCAGGACAAGCGCCGUGAUGAGAGGGGCCGCCCUCCUAUUAACCGCUACCACCGCCAGCUCCGAGCCCUGGCCGGUAAUAUCAAGGAAGGCCAUGAGGAUGAGGUGGCAGACUGGCUCACUGAGGACGAGGUUUCCAACUACCACACCUUCACCAUUCCGUACGGCGAACGGUUCAACGCCAAGCGCAUUGAAAAGCUCUGUUACACCAGGGACUUGUUGCUCAACGCCGAAUGGAACCAGCCCGAUGACAGGGAGGUUUAUCUUCAUCGCCAUCCAGCCUUCUUUGGUCGGGUCGAGGACGUCGUGAACGAUUGCUGCGGAUACUGCCCCGUUCCGGUUACCCCGGAAGAGAAGGAAGUCGCGGAAGCCGAAGAGAAGGAUUUCGUUUCUGGCAAGAUCUCGUUUAUGCAGGACGACCCGGGAAGACAGGAAAUCGGCUCAUUCAACCCCCUGACCGAUGAUGACUGGACUGAAAUGGCGUAUGUCGGCAACACAGCACGGCUCUGCCAGGCCAUUGUAGACGAGGACCUCGAGCACGUAACCGACUGGCUCGCUCAGGAGGGUGCCGAUCCCAACACUCGGGACUACACUGGGCGAACUCCUCUUCACUUGGCGGCCAUGAGCUCGACGCCCGCGAUAGUCCGCGCGCUUGUUGACGCUGGAGCUCGCCUUAUCGCUCGGCUCGCUGACGGUAGAACGGCGCUCCAUCUCGCUGCAGCACGUGGCGACGCCGAGAUUGUCAAGAUCCUCCUGGACAAGAGUGCUGCUAAUGAGGCUGAGCAUGAAGAGAAAGAGGACCAGCGCCGUCGCGGGGAGAACGCGAUGGAUAUUGAUGACGAUGGGACUCAGUUUAAAGAAGAAACAAAGGAUGCAGACGAGGAGUCCGACGGAGAGCUCAUCAACGGGUCGGACUCGGACGACGAAGACGGCCAGAGCAUGGCUACCGGCUCCUUUGUCAAGCUUGGGAAGAAGGAGAUCGAAGUGCUCGACGAGAUUGCGCUUGAGAGUGAGGAGGAGGAGCCCGACUUCUACGAUAUCAACGUGGCUGCCUGGGACCGGCCGUGUUCGGCGUUGCACUUUGCCAUCCUUACAGGCCACGUAGAGGUCGUGAAACUCUUGGUUCAGGAAUACGGUGCCGAUGUUCUCUUGCCCGUCAAAUUCGGAAAGGACACGGGGCACGAGGCUAUACUUACCCUCGUGCUAGCCCUCGCGCUUCCUGUGGAGAAGGCCCAGGAGAUGGCGAAGACUCUCCUGAGUCUUGGGGCUACGUCCGUUCAAGCAGAGACGAAUGGUAUCACGGCCUUCCAUCGAUAUGCUCAAGCUAAUGCCCAAUCCCUUCUCGAAACACUGUGGGAGUUGGACCCGGCUGGAACCAAGACGGCCAUCAACCACAUCGCCUUUUCCGCUUACGACGGCUGCGAGGCCCCGCUGCAAGCCGCCGCUGCACAGGGGAACCUGCCCUUGGUCGUGAAACUCCUCGAGCGCGGGGCCGCUCCGGAGAUCGAUUUCGAGGCUUGGAUAAAGAGUGCGAAGCAGUCGCCGGUAGCGGAGAAGCAGCUGGGCACAUUCGAGAGCAACCAGCUGCAGUACAAGCGGACGGUGGAGCAACCGCUCAUCGUCGCCUUGCGGUCUUCGAACCCCGGGAUUGCUGUUCCGCUCCUGGAGCGCGGCGCAAACCCGAACACGGUGACAACCCAGUCUCAGUACCAUAUGUCAAACUCGUGGAGCUCCUCUUUCACCGGCGAAACGGCUCUGGACGUUGUGGACGAGCGUCUCACAAGGCUUCGCGGCUAUAAACCAGAGGGCUCCAUCUCAUCUCCUGAGCCCAGCCUGCCCGAGGGAAUUGAUACGUAUCUGAAUCAGUUUGAAGAGGGGACGUACGAGCAUUGGAUGGUGGCGAAGGAGAUCGAGUCGCGCCGCAAGAGGUUCGAACGGGACCUGAGGCCUUGGAAAAAGUACCAGAACAAGAACACGCCAAAGGCAAACAUUCCUGGGGUUGAUGAGAAGCGCGAGGCCAUCGCAAAAUUCAUCAAGAAGCUGGAAAGGGUGAAGGAGGCCUUGCUUUUCAAGGGAGCCAAGACCUUUGUGAAGGCGUAUCCCGAAUUCAAGAAUCGCGCGCAGCCUCGAAGAGACUACCACCACAGCCCUUACCGGCCCAUCGAACUUCCUUUCAAAUUUGCGGUUUCCUUCCAGAACGUCAACGACGUGACUGAUGCAAGGCGCAGCGCCUAUCUCAGACUGUUCAACGCGGCCUUCCACGGCGACCUAGAAACGAUCAAGACACUGACAUUAGGUCCGUGGGAUGACGCCAAAGAGGAGGCACCCCUCAAGAUUGCCGUCCGCGACCAGAACAGUAACAACCCGUUCUCGCUCGCGUACGACCGCGGCCACCUCGAGGUUGCGAAGGCGGUCCUGGAGAUUGCGCACGCGCAGUACGUCCCAGAGGAGAAGCCCAAGACGCGCUACCGGAUGGAGGCCGACGAGGAGGCUUCGGAUUACGAUGAGGACGACGACGAGGACAUGGAUAGUGAUGAUGGUGGCCAUGGUGAUGAUGAUGAUGAUGAUGCUCACCCGAGGAUAUAUAGCCACAUCGUCGAUGAGCAGUACACGAUCGAGAAUGUUGGGCAGGUGUCAAUGGUUGUCAACAGCCGUACCCUGCCGCUGGAGAUGAUCGAAUGGACGGCCCCCCUGAGAAAAGCCAUCGAGGACAACGACAUGGCGAAGCUGAAAUUCUUGCUCGAUAUCUGCGAGUACUGGACCACGCGGAAGUCCGGCGAGAAUCACCGGGGUUCUGGGUAUUACUCUUUCCCCGAAUACUGCUUCCGGAUCGCGGUUGAACUCGGCCGUGUCGAACUCCUUGGGGAGAUCAUCAAGCGCACAGGGGCCGGUUUGCCCCUGGAACACCUGGUCAAAGACACCGGGAUGGAGCUCAAAGUCAAGCCCGAGUACUAUCAAGGGCUGACGGUCUACGGCAAGAAGCGGAACGACUGGGCUCAAGCCGGCCGAAGCGGGGCCCGACCCAGGGCGGUCGGUACCGCAACCUCCCCUCUUCUGCUCGGGGCGUUGGUUGGCCGGAUCGAGGCGGUCGAGUGGUUCCUCAGCGAUACCCCGUUAAGGCACUACCUCACCUUUGCCAAGUCCAAGGCGGCCCGUGACGAUGAGAAGCUGAAGCAUUUGGCCCGAGCCCCAGGUGGAUUCGAUGCGGCUAUUUCCAAGUGGCUCGAUGAUCAGAGUGAACUGGUUCUCCACGCCGCGGUUUCUGCCGCGCCGAGCAAGGAGUCUACCGAGUUGGUCGCCUACCUCGCCAAGACGCAGCCGGCUCUGCUCGAAGUCAAGUCGGCGCUCGGAGUCACGCCCCUCAUGCUCGCCUACCGCCUGGGCCGACUGGACGCCGCCAGGGCCUUGGUUGAUGCCGGCGCGGACCAGACCACCAAGGACUACGGACGGAACAACCUCUUCCAUACCGCCUUACACCACGAUCCGGGACUGAAGGAGCUGAAGGCCAUGCUUGAUCUGCUUGAUCGGGGCGUCUUGGCGUCCAUGGUCAAGGAGAGGACCAAGCUCGAGAAGGACGGUCGAACGCCGCUUCAUCAGUACCUUGCCGAUGCCGUGAGCCAGCGGAUCAAGUCGCCGAACGAGGUGGUCCAGAUGCUCAAGCUGUUCGCGGACAUCUCCACGGAAACCACGCAGCAGGCCCUCCGAAUGCUCGACGGCACCGGCGAUACCCCGCUACAUACCAUUCUCAAGUCCGAGGUCGGCACUGCUGUCCUCCGCGCCAUCCUCGAUCUCGACCCGAGCCUCCUCAGCUACGAAAACGCCGUCGGCCGCACACCGGCCGAGAUGGCCCACGACCGCUACCUCGCCGUCCGGGUCCGCGCCCAGCCCGGCGGGAAACAACAUUACCACAACCCCGACCUCGUCUACGCUCCCCCGGAGAACUUCCUCGAGACGGCCAAGUGUGAGGAGGCCCGCGAGCACGAGGAUGACACGGCCAUCGCCCGCAACUGGCGGCUCUGCGCCGCGAUCUUGGAGCACAGCGGCCAGCCUAAGCGCACGCUUGUGAGCCUCAACUCGGCUAACCUGGUCGCCAAGCGCCUCGGUGAACAGAGAUCUGCUAUUGGCGGGCGUUAUGGUUUCACGCUUGGCAAGGAGGUGGAGGACGACGAGGAUGCUGCCGAUGCCGACGACACCAAGGACAGCAGUAGCGAGGCGUCCGCUCAGAAGGCUGUCACCACCGCUGCCACUGAAGCGGGCACCAAAACGAAGGCUGCUCGUCGUCGUCGCACGGAUCUUGUGGAUGGCAAGUGGUACUCGACUUUCGGAGCAUGGGCCGCGACAAAGAAAGAGAAGAAGGAAAAGAAGAAGAAUGGGAGUGAGAGCAGCGAGGAGAGCAGCGAGGAGGAUGAAGAGGAGAAAGAGGAAGAGGAAGAGGUGGAUGACGACUUGUUGCCGAAGUGUGAGGGGUGCGGCGAGCGUCAUUAUCCGCGGUGGUCGGCUGAGGGGGGGUAUUUCGCUCGCAAGGUGGCGGCCGCGGAGGCUGGUGAGAUGGAGGGUGAUGAGGAUGUGGAGAUGACUCAGUGA